UUAUUGGAAUUAGAAAUUCCAGUAUUAUUUUAUCUACUUCUAUGUAGUUAGCUAUUUAAAAUAACAUAUUCAUUCACCUCUUAAAUAAGAAAACAGAUAAGUAUUUUCAAAUAAAAACCAUUGAAAUAUUCUUCACAAAUUGAAUCUACUGUAAGGCUUUCAUUCCCAAAUAUAAUUUAAGUAUUAGAUACCUUAACAUGAAAUCCAACUAAUUUUAAAGAACAUGCAAUUUAAUAAAAAUAGUAGAAAGUACUUCGAGGUUCCUGAUGUUCAUAGAUAUUUUUGCUUGCUCUUUGUUACAUCGGUUCAUAAUCCUGGAGAAUUACAUAGCUAAAAACAACAAUUAUUUUUUACUUAGAAGCUGAGGCAUUCUAUGUGAUAUGCUACACAAUUUCUAAAAAUAACUUAUUAGGCUUUUGCUUUUGAGAUGAAGUUUUUUGGAGGUUGACUUCUACCAAAAUGUAGAAUCAGGUAAUGUUAUUCUUAUCCAUUAUCCCUUUUUUCUUACAAUUUUUCAUUACUAGAUUUAAUUGUCAAAAAAUGCCCUUAGCGAAUAUUUCUUUAGCUUUCUAGAUAUGGGCACAUUCAUAAUAAAGUGCUUCUAGAGAAAGCAAAAUUAAACCAAAAAGGAUUAGUUUGGCUUAGACCACAGGUGUGUGGAUUUGUUCACCUAAUCAAAGCCUCCUGAAGCUGAUUGCAAGCACCAAUUAGUGAGUACAUCUGGUCCCAGGCUUAUUGGAUCUGAAUCAUUGGUUGGGAGGUAGAGCAAUAGCUUUUUUUUUUUCUUCACAAAAAUGCAGAGUGAAUAUAAUAUGCGGUACUGUUAUUCACUUUAUAAAUAAUCCCUUUGUAUCACCCACUUGAAUUUCUCAAAUCAUCUUGCAAAGCCCUACUUUAACAAUUCAAUAGAUAAAUAUCAAAUAUUAUGUCAGACUUAAUUUCAGACACAUCCACAUGAUUGAGAAAAAAGACACAGUGUUAGGGGGUGCAGCCUAGAAUCACUUUCCACAUGUUCUUUCCGGAUUUUCUGAUUUAUCUUUCAAAGGCAAAAAAUGCAAUUACUUUUGCACCAAUCUAAUAACUUCAGCUGUGAGGAUUUAUGCUAAGGGCUUCUCAGUGCUUUCCAGAAUGAUAAAUCAUCACUCACACCUGAGGAGGCAAGAGGUUUAUAAACACCUGCAGAGGCCCACUUCCCUAGAUUUUCUGUUUCCUGUGAUACCUUGGGCUGGAAUCUGAAGCAAUGAAGAUAUCUUUCAUGUUAGGAGAGCUCCUCAUGCUUUUCAAGUUGAUUCAUGGUCUCCAAGAUGUGGCUGUAACCUGUACUGAAUCCUGGCUCCAGGUCAAAUUUAGACAAAGGCCCCUGAUAAAUGACCUGCAACCUUUGCAACAUGAACUCUUUCUAGGAAGUGGCUGUCCUGUAAACCUCGUGGAGCCGGAUUUCUUUGUGUUCUUUUAUCUUCUAACUUUUUGUGGCAUCGUAGUGACUGAACAGCCAGUAGGUAUUCUCAUUGAAAGUGCAAUCGUAUAUAACUCGGCGAAUUUUGACUUCGAUGUACACAUCCCAGUAUCAUGCUAUAUUCAAAGGUAGGUGCAGCAGACUACUGAGAUUCAGGCUAUCUAACAUUAUCUUUGGCUUCUAGGUGUUCUGAUCAGCUAAACGGCUGGACUUUAUGCUACAGUUGGAUCAAAUUUGAUAUAUGGUGUUCUGUUUGGUCAUUUGAGUGAUCUAAAAAAAAUUUUGUUGAUUGUCUCAAUGUAAUUUCUGAAUGAGUAGAAAAGGCUCAGUUGCUAUAUGAGAAUUGAAUUCUACAGUCACUAAACAGAUUAUAUCAGAAGGCUUUGUUGAUAAUCUUUCCUUUUCUGUGGUGUUCCCUGUCCGGACCCACCCAUCCUGCCUCAUCUGUGACUAUCAUAGGAGCUCUUAAGUUUUUGGACAAACCAUACCACCUUUCUGCAGAUGUGGGGAGGAGCCAAGAGAUUCAAAAUCGAUAUUUUCU